ACCUUUAGUGAUGCUGCGAGGGUUUCAAACCCGUUUAUGAUAUUUUCCCUCGCCGCAGCUCUUCCUCCCCUGCUCUUUUGUUGAUUUCUUUCCCUUCUCUCUUCCUACCCGCCCACCUUCUCUCUCCACUGCCCACCAUAAGGCUUCACCUCUCUCCUUUCCCCGCGCUUUUGAAAUCCUGUAAUGGAGUCGGGCUUCCAUUUCGACGCUUUCAGCUCAGAGGAAGAGGAAGAUGAGAGAGAAGAGGAAAUUGAAGAAACAGAGGAUCAAGAAGAAGAAGUUGACGAAGAGGAGGAGGAGCACCUAAGUCGGCCGAGGAGAGCUCGUCAGUCACCAUGGGAGUUCUCUGCUUACUCUGAAUCAGCGGCUGAAGAGCAUGCCAGGAGGAGCACCACUUCCGUCGAAGAUAAGAUACUGAGAGCCCGUCAGCAACCCAACUUCUCUUUUCCAGACCCAGAGGAAAACGAGAGUGCUGUUUCUGAGCCAGACAAGAGAGAAAAUUAUUAUGAAGUGGAAGAUGCUGAUGCUGGACAAGCCCACAAAGCCCCUAAGUCUUUUUUUUCAUCAUCGGAAGGCAGUUCUUUUUCAGCAAACUCAUUCCUUGAGCUCAAUCUUUCUCGUCCACUAUUGAGAGCUUGUGAGGCAUUGGGGUAUCAGAAGCCUACUCCAAUUCAGGCAGCAUGCAUACCAUUAGCCUUAACGGGACGUGAUAUCUGUGGUAGUGCAAUCACAGGUUCUGGAAAGACUGCUGCCUUCGGAUUACCAGUGUUGGAGAGACUCCUUUUCCGUCCUAAGCGUGUGCCAGCCAUCAGAGUACUUGUUCUUACUCCGACACGAGAGUUGGCUGUACAGGUUCAUAGUAUGAUUGAGAAACUUGCACAAUUCACAGAUAUCCGGUGUUCUUUGGUUCUUGGUGGCCUUUCAAUGAAGGUCCAAGAGACAGCUCUAAGAUCCAGACCCGAUGUUGUUGUAGCCACCCCAGGGCGAAUGAUUGACCAUUUACGCAAUUCACAGUCAGUAGGCUUGGAAGAUCUUGCUGUUUUGAUUCUUGACGAGGCAGAUCGUCUUUUGGAACUUGGAUUCAGUGCUGAGAUUCAUGAGCUGGUUCGCCUCUGUCCUAAACGUCGUCAGACUAUGCUUUUUUCAGCAACCAUGACGGAAGAAGUUGAUGAGCUAAUAAAAUUAUCUCUAACUAGUCCUGUGCGUCUUUCGGCUGAUCCAUCGACCAAACGCCCGUCAACCCUCACAGAAGAAGUAAUUAGGAUAAGGCCAAUGCGAGAAGCAAAUCAGGAAGCUGUUCUUCUAGCACUCUGCUCGCGAACAUUUACAUCUAAAGUGAUUAUCUUCAGUGGAACUAAACAGGCAGCCCACCGGUUGAGAAUUUUGUUUGGCCUGUCCGGAUUCAAAGCUGCUGAGCUUCAUGGAAAUCUCACGCAGGUUCAGCGUCUUGAUGCUUUGGAACUUUUUAGGAAGCAAGAGGUCGAUUUUCUGAUUGCUACUGAUGUUGCCGCUCGUGGCCUUGAUAUUGUUGGUGUUCAAACAGUUAUAAACUUUGCAUGCCCUAGAGACAUUACAAGUUAUGUCCACCGAGUGGGACGCACAGCUAGAGCUGGGAGGGAAGGAUAUGCUGUCACAUUUGUGACUGAAAGAGAUCGUCCCCUCUUGAAGGCCAUGGCAAGAAAGGCUGGUUCAAAGCUUUUGAGUAGAAUGGUGGCAGAGUCAUCUGUUAUUAAUUGGGGCCAGAUUAUUGAACAGAUGGAAGAUCAAGUUGCUGCUGUCCUUGAGGAGGAAAGGGAAGAGAGAGCAUUAAGGAAAGCAGAGAUGGAAGCAACAAAGGCAGAAAAUAUGAUUGAGCAUAAGAAUGAAAUUUAUGCACGCCCAAGAAAGACCUGGUUUGAAACGGAAAAGGAGAAGAAGCUCACAGCCAAAACUGCAAAGGCUGUGAAGGGGAACACGAGUGGUGCAAAUGAGCGGAUGAGUGUUGAACAAGCAGAUAUUCUAAAGAUGAAAAAAGAGAGGCGCCGUGAGCGAGAGAAAAGUAUGCCACGUAAAAAGAGGCGGAGGUUAGAGGCAGCUAAAGAGAAAUUGGAGGAUGAAAAUGAAGUUGAUAAUGAUUUGGACGAGGGUGGUGAGAAGAAAUCUGGAAAAUCCCUUGUGGACUUGGCUUAUCAACGGGCAAGGUCAGUGAAGGCAAUCCAGAAGGCACGUGAAGCAGGUAAGAUUGUUAAAAAGGCAGAUAAAUCAUCAAGACGCCCGUCCCAGUCAACUCAAAGUAGGAAAGAAGAGAAUGAAGAACUCUUUCAGUCCGACAUGAGUGCAAGAAAACAGUUCCAUGGAUCUAAGAAAAAUGCACGUGGUGCUGGACGAAGGAAAAAGUCAAAGAACGCGUUCAAAAGCAAAUCACGGUAUAAGCGUCGCAAGUAGAUGUUUUGUAUUAGCGGCUAUGCCCAUGUGAUUGAUUACAAGCAUUCGAUGAAGUGCGAUGCAUAAUGACUGCAAGCUCUUUCAAAAUGAAGUAAAACUUGUGACAUUAACCAAAUUUUGUAAAAUUUUUCUCAAUAUUGAGUUGGUUUUUUUUUCAUUUGAGAAAUAA